AUGAGUUUGUCUACCACAGGAUGCUCUAAAUCAAAGGAGAGUGAAAAUAAGUUGAAUGAAGAAGAGUUUGUUGAACAACUUGUGAAUGUGAUUGUGCUUGAAGAUGAUUCCACCAAGGCUAAAGCCGUUGAGACCACGGAAGUGAAAGUAGAAGAUGGUAAAACGGCCAAAAAACUUACUUCUAAAGCUUGGGAUCAUUUCAAGAUAAUAAUGGUGAAUGGUGUUCAAAAAGCAAAAUGCAACUACUGCACGGCUAUAUUGAAAAGAAGUGAAAAAAAUAAUGAACUUUGGAAAGGAAAAGAAGUAGGUGGUGAUGAGUGUGGCGAUGAGGAGGAUACUUAUGCUCAAGCCAAGAGAACAAAGAAAAGAAAGGUGCAUGUGAGGGGUGAAGUUGAACACUACUUAGAUGAUGAUCCUAUACCCGAGAAUGAUGCCUUUGACGUUCUUGAUUGGUGGAAAAGGGAUCAAAUGUAUCCUACUUUGCAGAAAAUUGCCAAGGAUAUUCUUGCUAUUCCCGUAUCUUCAGUGGCCUCGGAAAGUGCUUUUAGCACGGGUGGGCGAGUUGUUAGUGCUCAUCGUUCUCGACUUCACUCUCGAACCGUGGAGGCAUUGAUGUGUUUACAAAAUUGGAUGAUUGAUGAUGUCAAAGGUGAAUUGGAUGACACAAGUGCUUGUUCCACAGUUAAUGAAGAUUAUGAUGAAGAUGGAGAAGAACAAAUUGAUAUUAUUGAUAUGGAUGUCGAUGAUGUUGAAAGUAGCUGUGCCAUGGAUGAUGACUUUUAUUCGUAGGAAAUGUAAUUUGGAUUGGGGAAGACUUGUUAUCGUAGACUCAUGC